AAUCCGGAUGUUCUCAUCUUUGCUUUUGCCACCGCAUUGUCGCCCCAAGAAUCGCUAACGCUCUUUUUUUCUUUCCUUAAAAAAAAAAGGACAAAAUCGUAUUUAAAAAAAAAAAAACCAAGAAUGUCCAGUUCUUCUAGCUUGGUUACCAUGAAAAAGGCGGUGCAGCAGCUCCGUUUCGAGGCGAGCAUAAACAGAGUGAAGGUUUCGCAGGCAGCUGUGGACCUGCAGCAGUUUUGCUUGCAGAAUGCCUUGCAGGAUCCUCUGCUCACUGGAGUGUCCUCCAGCACCAACCCCUUCAGGCCGCAGAAAGUCUGCUCCUUCUUGUGAAAUUACACUCUUCAUUGGCCUUCAAUUAGACGCUACAGGAAAAUGUUGACCUCAGCAAUGGUCCUCAUGCCAAGCCAUUGUACUGCCACGGGACGUGUAAAACACAUUGAAGUCGUUUCAGGAAAAUAAACUAUUAGUAGCAUUAGAAAAAAAGAAAAGUUUUUCUCGUGGCACACUGUGAUUUUUAGAUAAAUGUGCCUUUUUCUAUCAAUCUGUAGUGGCUUUGGACUUUUCUAUUUAAAAAUAAAAACAUUCAUAGCUA